AUGCACUUCUCCCAGAUCCUCACCGUCGUGGCUCUCGCCGCCACCGCAAUUGCCGACACCGUGUCUUAUGACAGGGGAUACGACUCGGCUGGCCGCUCGCUCAAAGAUGUGUCCUGCUCCGACGGAGAGAACGGCCUCAUGACCCGCUACAAGUGGCAGACGCUGGGCAACGCCCCCAAGUUCCCAUACGUCGGCGGCGCCGGCGUCGUCGCCGGCUGGAACUCGCCCGAGUGCGGCAGCUGCUGGAAGCUCGAGUACAAGGGCCGCAGCGUCAACAUCCUGGCCAUCGACCACGCCGGCGCCGGCUUCAACAUCGCCCUCGCCGCCAUGAACGACCUGACCAACGGGCAGGCGGAGCAGCUCGGCCGCAUCGACGCCACGGCCUCGCGCGCUCCUCUGUCCGCCUGUGGCCUGUAA